UCCGUAUAUGUAAAAGCUUAAUAAAUAGAUCUGUAGAUUGAAACGGGUCAUAAAGCAUUGAUUAGACAAACUUCAGGCGGAAAAAACAAUGCAAGGAUUGUAUCUCAUAUGUCUUCGUGUGAAUUAUUGCUGAUUGGGUUUCUUAAAACUAUUUUGAAUAUUGUAAUUUUUUCUCGACAUAAUGGACAAGUUUGAAGGAUUGUCAACGGGAAGAUCGUAUUUUUGAGCAAGCAGGACUACAAAAAAAAAAAAAUAUGAGUAAGGAUACACAGCAGUGAAAAGGUUGUUCAUAGUGAAUUACUAAAAAUGUGCAAAAAUAAGCAAUGCUUGUUAUAACGGACAGGAAAGUCAAAUAUUAAAACCGUUUUUAAAUGUGGCGAAUGCCAUUUUUAAUUACUAGAAAUGCUGGACAUCUUUAGCUGAGCUGAAGACCUUUAAAAGGGUUUUACAAUGUGAAGAACGACAUCACGAGCGUGUAAUGAUUUCUAUGAUCAAAGAGCGGUAAAGAAAUUUACUUUACUAAUUAAUCUUUCAAUUACUUCGCAAAUUAACAUUAAGAUCAUUAAAAAUAAAUGUGUUUUCUUACAUUAUUACUUGCAUAUAUGUAAGAUGUCAGCCUGCGGUAGAUUCUUUUGAAAUUCACGCAAUCAACGGAUUUAAUUUUGAUCUUCUGAUUACAAGAAAGUCUAUCGAUUAUCUAUGACAGUUCUGAAAAUACAGUUGACAAUCGAAAAUAAAUGUGACAUUUCUUGUACAAAUAUAAAUUGCGUAUCAGUUACAUGAGAUAAAAAAUUAAUGGGACAUUUAUAGUAAAAUGUAUGCAGGAAAAAAAUACUAGACUAUCUGCAAGAUUGAAUGUGAAUGUGACUUUUGCUGUAUAUAUUUCUUGGACAAUAUUAUGAGAUAUUGAAAGUGGUAAAUAAUUUUAUACGCAAUCAUGUGACCAAAAAUAUACGUGACAUUUGAUGUUGAUAUAUGGAUAUUAUAUGACUAGACUUUAAUGUGACACAUACUAGACUAUGCUAAUGUGACAUAUGUUAUACUAUGUGGUCAGAUAGUGACAAUGGUAAAAUGUUGCGGAAUUGUUUCUUGUCGGAGACUUCAGUGUUCAGAUUUCGACUUGACACAUGAGGAGCCUUCAUUAUUUGUAAAGUCGCAGUUACCUAUCCGUUGGGGCCACUGGGUUGCGAUCGUUUGGAAUACAGUUUGGUUUGUAUACUUCACAGUCAUCUUGUUUGUGGAUAUUUUCUAUUAUACUUCGGAAAGCAGAAACCUUUGGAUUAUCUUCCUAUCAAACUGGUCGUUCUUACUCGCCAUAUGUACGACACUGGCGGAAACAGUCGUCAGGAUGUAUCUUGUCAAAUCGUUGGAUGGUCCUGAUAAAGAGGGUACACAAGAAAUGAUCUGGCUGCAGAAAAUCCAGUGGAUUCUCUACAAUACCAACAACAUAGUAUCGGUUUCCAUGACAAUAGUUUACUUCAGUAUGUUUGAAAUUGAUAUAUCUUUAUCAAGUGUGAGCAAACACGUGCUGACAACAUUCUACGUGAUCUUGAAUACCUCAGUUGUGUCUUCAAUUCCAGUGAAAAUACUUCACUUCUACCAACCAGCCGUAUUCUUCAUUUUCUACGCAAUAUUCAUAUCCAUUUAUCAAAAUGUAACAUCUCAUGACGGGAUAUUUUUAGUACUGGACUGGAACAAGCCUAGAAAUACUGCCAUUUUGUUAUCAUGCAUGGUUUUCGUGGGUCCUCCAAUGUUACACUUUUUGUUCUAUUGUGCGUUUCAUAUACGGAUACAUUUAUUUAAAAAGUGUUCAAAUUCGGAUAGCUCAUUACCUCUGACAUCUGCCAUGCAAAGGGACAUAACUGCUACAGAUGUAAUACUAGAAGAGCCCGGAAGUCCCGAAUUUAUCGAUAUUAAACCAGAUAUAAAAGACGACAUAGCUGUCAAAUCCACUUCAAGUGCUAAUGGUGACGCAUUUAACCGUUAUAACGGGCGAAUGUACAGGAGUGAGACUGAUCUAAGAGAUUAUAGAUUAAAGAACGGUCUUUACUGUGAAUUUGCUAAAUCUAGUCUUAUACUACAUUCUAGUACUAAAUCAACUAAUGAUAUUUUUAGUGACGACACCGAUGUCGAUAGUAUUGGAACUAAAACAUCGCAACACAGAGGGAGUCAAAUUAUAGUGGUAAAAAGGUGUAAAACUUGUGAAAAUGAAGAAGAUGAGGAAAGUGACUCUAAUUGUGAUUCAAGUGCUUCCUCGGAUUAUCUUAGCCAAUACAUUUCCGAAGAUAUUUUAGCUUAUUUAUGACAGACUGAUAUUCUAACAUAUAUUUGCUAAUAAAAUUGUAAUGUUUUUAUUUGCUUUGACCUGUGUUAUGUUUUCCUACCUCAAGGAAAUAAUACCUUUAACAUCUAUGCCUAGAUAUCUGUAGCUGAAUGAGUGGAAAGAGAUGACCUGUUUUUACGUGCAUCAUACAUGUGAUAUAUUGUGUGCUAAGCGUCAAGAAAGUUUUUGCAUAUAACCAAAAAAUAAGUGAGCAUGCAAUAUUAGGUCUAGGUAACAUUGUUAAUUAUUUCUGCUCAUUACCAUCUACUUCCAUGUCAAGUUUAAUCAAAUACCGUUUAAUAGUUUUAAGUUCUCACAAAAGAGGUGAUAAACCACCCAACAUAUGUCCCUGAUGGAGUCCUUGUGCCUGUGCCUGUGUUUUCAGGGUUUUUUUUCGGCCGUUUUUAUAGCCGUUAUUGGGCUAUAUUCCCAAUGCCAAAAAGUAUGUAUUUUCCCCAAAAUUAGUGCAAAAAUUCCCAAUCUACAUUCUGAAAAAAAUUUCAUCAAAAUUGCACAUUGACCAAAUUAUGGACAAUUUUGUAAUGGUAGUAUAUCUUAAAGAGAUUGUACAAUGUGAAACAAGUGUAUGAGAAAGUACUUAAACACAUCCUUACUAUAUCCAAUGGGACUAAAUAUUUCCCAAUUUGGAACAUUUGCGCGUCAAAAUUCCCAAUAUUGGGGGUAUAGGCUAUGUUCCCAAAACAGGAAGAAAAAACCCUGGUUUUACACUUAUUCUCAUUGCUGUAAGCUGAAUUUCAUCCACUUUCCGUCAGUAAAUUAAGAAUGUUGUCCAGAUAGAUAUUUGGUUCAAAUGGGGAGAUUAUUUAUCAUUAGCAGGACAGCUUGCAUUCUGCACUUCCUCUGAUUAUCGUAGAUUUUUCAAUAUUCUAAGGUUAAUUAAUUCCCUCUCGUAGUGUCAAAGUUAUUGUCUGCACAAUAAAGAUUAAAUAAAAUGAAAAUCAAUCAUUAA